UUGCGAAUCAGACCAAAUAAAACAGGAAUUGAACGGACAAAUAUUUCAAUUAUUAAAGUGCAUAUUUAUAUUUUCAAAUUUCAAAUUAUUGUAGCCAUUGCCGUUCCAGGCGUAAAAUUGGAAGCCAGUGAAAGUGUCGAGAUCAGAAACACUUCCGAUGGAGCCUGUCGUGUACGAAUCGCAAGAUUCGGCAAGGAAGACGUUGGUGUGUACAUGUGCGUGGCGAAGAAUCCUCUUGGUGUUGCCGACACAAGAUCGACGUAUUCUGUUGAAGUUAUGGAAAUGGAAGAAGUUGUUGAGAAGAAAGAGUAUGCCCCACGAUUCAACCCAGGACUCGAAGAUAGGACCGUAAAUCUUGGACAAAGUGUUCAUCUCUCCUGUACUGUCGACGCGAUUCCGAAAGCGAGCAUCAUCUGGUACAAAGACGGUCUACCACUACGUCCCGGUGGUCGUUUCACCAUCAUCACAGCUGAAGAUGGUACAUGCUCGAUGGAAAUCAGUGAAACUACGGAAGCUGACGAAGGUGCUUACCGAUGUGUGGCCUCAAAUGAACAUGGAACUACCAACACUAGCUGCUUGGUCACUGUGAAAGUGCCAAAGACUGAGGCAAAGAAAGAAGGUGAAGAGCCAUUCUUCACCAAAGGACUCGUCGACAUUUGGACUGAUCGUGGUGAUUCGUUCACACUGAAAUGCGCCGUGAAAGGCGAUCCGUUCCCGGAGAUUAAAUGGUAA